AUGACAGUUUUAACGCCAUUUGCUUACCAACUAUUGUCUGUUGCGUGGAUUACAGCCCAACGACAGCUCAUUCACGACAACACUUGUGCCCGAACUCAAUGGGACUCAUCGUAUGAUUUCAUUGUUGUCGGCGCCGGAACUGCCGGUGCGGUUGUGGCCAACAAACUAAGCAAAUGCCAGUCCGUGCGGAUGCUGUUGUUGGAGGCGGGAGGGCCUCAGGACGCCCUAUAUAAUGAUCUGCCGGGAAUGGAUGGCCAAAGUCAUGUUAAUCAAUGGCCAUUUUUUAAUGAGCCCAACCCUAACAUUGGACAGAAUUUUGCCGGUGGAAGAGUACCAGAACCCAGAGGCAAAACAUUAGGUGGCAGUAGUGCUCAUAACGGCAUGAUUUUUAAUCGGGGUAAUCGUCGCGGUUAUGACGAGUGGGCCAAUACGUACGGUGCCGUCGGUUGGAGUUAUAGGGAUGUGUUGCCGGUGUUCAGGGAGUGGGAGAACAAUAAAAAUGCUACUAUUGUUGACAGUAAUCCUGAAUAUCACGGAACUCAUGGUCCGAUUGAGAUUACUUCACCACAAAAUCCUGAUAAAAUUUAUGCAAUUAUUGGUCAAUCGGUUAAAGAGUUGGGAUAUAACUACACUGAUAUCAAUGGCCCAAAUCAAGUCGGGUAUUCGGACACCCAGUUGUUCACAACAUCUCAGGGUUACAGAGAUAGUAUGGGAACUAUAUUUGUAGACCCGAACCCAUAUCCAGAUAACCUGCAUAUAGUGUGCAAAGCAUUGGUCACUAAAAUACUGUUCAAUGGGUUGACAGCCAUUGGCGUCGAGUUUAUAGUGAAUGACAUCUCGUAUACGGUUUACGCCAACAGAGAAGUCAUUGUUUCCGCCGAAGUCGACGCAGAUAUCAAACCCGAGUACUCGUACCUAAUCAACGAACAAGGUGUAAUCAAUGCGCAACAGUUGAGUGAACUAUAUUACCACCAUCGUGGUCCAUUAGCCAGACAACCAACCGGAACAUUAGCGUACAGCACACAACACAAUCUAGACAAACAGUGGAUUAACGUUAAUUUAUUUUUUCAAGUUGGUACUGGUGGAGUGUAUACUACGUCCAAUAUGGUCAGGCCUAAAAGUAAGGGCACAAUACGCUUGCAGUCGACUGACCCAACGAUCUUCCCAUUAAUUAAUCCAAAAUGGUUGACCGAUCCUGAUGAUUUAGUGAAUGUGCUGGAUGCGGCUAUAGUGCAAUUUUAUAUAUUUGAACGGACACAAUUAGCACAGUAUGUACAGCCACUGCCAUCAUUUGCCUCUAUAGGGUGUCCCGUCUGUCCAGACAAACGGUAUUUAUAUGAAUGCGUUGAGGGCUUGAAGUGUUAUAUCCGUUAUAACACUCACACAGCCUUUCAUCCGGCGGGCAGUUGUCGUAUGGGAGCGAUAGAGAAACCGGACGUUGUGGUCGACCCCCAGUUGAAGGUUAAGGGGGCCAACAAUCUAAGGCCCAACGACAGCUCAUUCACGACAACACGUGUUCCCGAACUCAAUGGCAAAGCAGUUAUGACUUCAUUGUUGUCGGCGCCGGAACUGCCGGUGCGGUUGUGGCCAACAANUAUAACGCCGUUUGCGUACAAACUAUUGGCCGUCGCGUGGAUUACAGCCCAACGACAGCUCAUUCACGACAACACGUGUUCCCGAACUCAAUGGCAAAGCAGUUAUGACUUCAUUGUUGUCGGCGCCGGAACUGCCGGUGCGGUUGUGGCCAACAAACUCAGUGCCGGUCACACCGUAAGGGUGUUGCUGUUGGAAGCGGGAUUACCUCAAAGUGCUGUUUAUAAUGAUAUACCAGGAAUGACUAGUAUGAUUAAUGUUAAUCAAUGGUAUUUUUACAAUGAGCCAAACCCUAACUUUGGACAACAAUAUGCCGGGGGUCGAGUGCCAGACCGCAGAGGCAAAACACUAGGCGGGAGUAGCGCUCAUAAUGGUAUGAUUUUUAAUCGGGGUAAUAGUCGUGGUUAUGACGAGUGGGCCAAUACGUACGGCGCCUUCGGUUGGAGUUAUAGGGAUGUGUUGCCGGUGUUCAGGGAGUGGGAGAACAAUACAAAUGCUACUAUUGUUAACAGUAAUCCUGGAUAUCACGGAACUCACGGUCCGAUUGAGAUCACUUCACCACAAAAUGCUGAUAAAAUUAUUUCAAUUAUUGGUGAAUCUGCUGUUGAGUUGGGGUUUAAUUAUACGGAUAUCAAUGGCCCGAAUCAGAUCGGGUUUAUGGACACCGAGUCGUUUGUUACAACACAAGGUUUUAGAGCGGGAACGGGUAAUGUGUUUAUAGACCCGAAUCCACACCCAAAUAAUCUUCAUAUAGUGUGCAAAGCAUUGGUCAAUAAAAUACUGUUCAAUGGGUUGACAGCCAUUGGCGUCGAGUUUAUAGUGAAUGACAUCUCGUAUACGGUUUACGCCAACAAAGAAGUCAUUGUUUCCGCCGGUAAUUAUAAUAUAUAA